GGGCGGCGGGACAGCGGCAGCACAGCGUGUGCCCAGCGCCCACAGCAGCAGCUUGUCCUCAGCAGCCCUGCAGGAGCGGAGUUGAACGACCUGGCACGUGAUCCUCCAGCACAGUGUUCAGCAGGGCCUGUCGGGGAUGACAUGUUCCAUUGGCAAGCUACAAUAAUGGGACCAAACGACAGUCCCUAUCAAGGUGGAGUAUUUUUCUUGACAAUUCACUUCCCAACAGAUUAUCCCUUCAAACCACCUAAGGUUGCAUUUACAACAAGAAUCUAUCAUCCAAAUAUUAACAGUAAUGGCAGCAUUUGUCUUGAUAUUCUACGAUCACAGUGGUCCCCAGCACUAACUAUUUCAAAAGUACUUUUGUCCAUCUGUUCUCUGUUGUGUGAUCCCAAUCCAGAUGAUCCUUUAGUGCCUGAGAUUGCACGGAUCUACAAAACAGAUAGAGAAAAGUACAACAGAAUAGCUCGGGAAUGGACUCAGAAGUAUGCGAUGUAAUUAAAGAAAUUAUUGGAUAACCUCUACAAAUAAAGAUAGGGGAACUCUGAAAGAGAAAGUCCUUUUGAUUUCCAUUUGACUGCUUUCUAUGAGCCCACGCCUCAUCUUCCCCUGUGCACAUGUUUACCUGAUACAGCAGUGCUGCGUGUUGUACAUACUUGGAACAACAAACUAGAAAUACUGUAUUUCCCCGUACCAACAUUGACUCCUAGCAGAGAAGUGUGUGUGUGAAAAGCUGGUUCUUCAGUCAUAACUUUGUGAGCCUAAAAGCAUUCCUUGCUGAGUUAAAUUGGGAAAUCAAAUGGGAAUGGGGAGAGUUCUGGUGGGUUUCAGAUUUUCUAGGGACAGUGUUGCUGAUCCAUGAAGGAUUUUAAGUGGAAUCCUUUUAAACUCAUAAUAGUUAUGAAAAGCAAGGUGAAGAACUUGAAGCUGUUUCUGUAUUCAUUUUAUUCUGAAGGACCUACACCUUAGGUAAAUGUUAUGACCAAUGAGAAACUGUACCCACAUCCUGUGUUUAAGGUCUAAGUUUAACCGGUCACCAUUUAAAUGGAUUGGAGCUAUUAGUGCAUCAAGUGAUGUUGAUUUGUUUCAACUCUCUCCCUCCCUUCAUACUUUUUUUGGUUUGUAUGUGGUUUCUCAGUUAAUACCUAGCUAAUAGCUCUUAUUUUUUCUUAAGUUUUUUAACUGCUUAGGUCUUUCUGGAUGUAAGGGUAAAAAAAAAAAUCCAUAUGACAGAAAACUUGUGUGUAUUUGAAGACCCAACUGCUCCCCUGGAGCUUGUACGUUCAAGAAUGAAUUAAUCUGUGUAAUAAACUGAUUACUACAGUCAUUACAUAUAA